AUGUUGGUUGCUGGAAGUAGAAAAAUGGACGCGGAGGAGGCGGCGGCGUCACGCAGAUCGUUCUUUCAACGGCGUCUUCUCCACGAUGCUGGUGCCGCUUUUGGAGCUGCCGUAGGGCUUUCGCCUUUUGUGGCGAUCAUCGACAAGUCAAUUAUCUCUAACGCCAGUGGCAGGCAAAGUCUACGGGAUUGCUUGCGUGAAAAUUUUGCCCUGCUACUACGACGACCACAUAAAUUUGUAGCGCUGCGAGAACUUCAUCUCAUUUACGGGGUAUAUAUUCUUGCUCUUGGCUUCAUUUUAAUUAUAUUUCGGUAGAAGCAAACUCUUUUUUUGACUAAGGUCUACCUGAUUAUUAUAUUUCAGAACAAUGUACUUGUACUGAGGAAUGCUUUGUAGACAACGUUACUGUGCAAGCUGCGAAGAUCGAAAUUUUUUAAGCAUUUAGCUGAGAGAAGUAUCGCGAAGAGCAAGGUCAGGUUCCUCAGCCUGACGAAUUAUGUAAACCGAUGUGACAACACAAGAAUUAACAGCACUCUAGUUACGUGACGAGGAUCCGCGAUUCUUGUGGUCAACAAUAUGAACAUCAUAAUCUCUAACUGUGUUUGAAUUUCAGGUGUAUAGCUGCACAUAUUUGGCCGCGAACUAUACGGACACGAUCUGUCGCGAGUAUGGGUACAGUCCUGUCUACCCCGUUUUUCUUGCCACUGGUGCGGCAAACAUGGGCUGCAGUGUGCUGAAAGAUCGUGCUUUCACCCGAAUGUUUUCUGCCGCCACCAAAGCGCCCGCACCGCUUCCACGCCUUAGCUACGCCCUAUUUUGCGCGCGAGACUUGAUGACUAUUUUUGGAUCCUUUACCCUAGUUCCCUUUGCCGGAGAAACAUACUACGAAUGGAUAAACUGGAGAUCUUCAGCACCAUCUUCGUACUCUUCAUCGUCUUCCAGCAGCUCUCCCAUCAGCACGAGCUCAAGCGCUGGACCUAAACUUCAAACGCUUCCCGCCACUGGCCUUGCGGCAAUGCCUGCCGAACCCAAGAGCGAGGAGAAGAUUUCGAAAUUCGGUUCCCUAACCCUGGCUCAGUUAACGUGUCCGAUGCUUAUUCAGAUUAUCAGCACCCCUUUGCAUUUAACAGCCUUGGAUCUUUACAACCGGCCAGGGCACCCGUUCCUGAGCCGCGCUACCUUCGUUGGCAGUCAGUACCUGGGGGCAAUGACGCUACGGAUGUCGCGGAUCGCACCAGCGUUUGGUUUUGGAGGUGUCGGAAACCGGGCUCUGCGCGAGUACUUUAAUCGUGGCGUUGUUGAAGAAGAAAAACGCCUGAAUCAGGCAAAAGCAAGCAAAUCCAGAUAGAUUAUGUCCCGGUCCUCGGAAUAUAUCUUUAUGUAACCGUCAAACUAAGCACCCAAAGAAGCAACUUGAGAAGCAGGAGUAAGAGGAGUUCAAGCAACGCACUAUCGUAGAAGUGGCGGACGACGGUGAUUGCUAGUGCAAAGUAACCCUUGCAACGCGCGGAGGACACGAUGCGCGAUGAAACUAACUUCCCCCUGCUACCUGACGAAAGUGAAUCAAGGAGGCGCAGCCCCCUGCGAGUCCUGCUAACCGAGAAGCGAUCGUGUACGCGAGUGAUGUCUCUGCUCUUAGUGUACUUGCUUGGCUUCAACGAAGUAAUUCGAUAUCGAUCGGGAUCAUGGAGCUGUCCCAGAACGGACAAUGCAUCGUGAAGGCAUCCUCCAGGGUCAUCCAAACGAGCCGCACAGUUUGAUAGAGACCUGAUUUUUUGGCUAAUGGCGAUCGUCCUGGACUCGGUUUCGCGCAAAUGACAGAUCGCACAACCUAGGCUAAGAAACGCAGACCAAUAUCAUUACGCGGUACCCUUCUUGUUCAACGACGCGUGAUUCAUGAAGACGCUUGUUUUUCCUGGAGCAUUAUACUCAUACUUGCGCCAAGGUCGUAUGCACCAAAGGAAGGUCGCUUAUUGUCAAUCUUGUUGUUGUAUUUUAUUUGCUGUGUAUAAAAUAACUUCUAACGUGAAGAAGCGCUGACUUUUGUGAUGCAAUUAUUUGUCAGUCUCUGAAAGAACGAUCAAUAUUCUGUAGUAGAAAUUACCCUGAAAAACAAUUGAAUGAAUGUAACCUGAAUCCUCGCGAUGCAUGUAGACAUCACCCAAAAUCGUAUACAUUGAAGCACUGUGUUGUAGAAGUAGAAAUCACUUGUCAAUGAUUUCUAAUUCUUAUAGGAUGCGCGACAUCCAUCUCGAAUGAGUUAGACAUUCUCCGUGUGUAGUUUUCCCCAACGAUAGCGCUUGGUUUGAUUAGACCGAUAGUACUUAUGCAUAUGCAACUAAGUACUAGUAUCUUCAUGCUCUUUACUCUGGUGGACGUCCUCUGAUUUUCUUAGGCACCCCAUUGAACAGUUAGAGUCCCGCCGUAGGAGAGAAUCUGCUAUGGCCAUUAUUCCGUCUAUGAUGAUUAUCCGUCGUCAAGAAACUCAUUUGAAAUUCCAAAUUAGUUGUAGUUCUUGUAGCCCUUAAUGGAAGUAGGAGCCUUGUUAACCACAUGUUAGAUAGACCGGUAACAAGAACUUCUAAGCUUUCCUCCUGCUUGAAACUAUGGAAACGCAAGCUAUAGCAUUGCUCUCUCCGCUUCAAUGCUCAGUGAAACGCAAAGGGGAUCGGUCGUUUCGACAGCUUAUUGUUGAAUGAAUCCAAGCCAUUGGCACAUGGUCAAUAGACUGUAGAUGCUAGUAGUCAAAAAUUCUGAAGUUCUUGCUGGUUCUGGUGGGCUUUGCCUUUUUGCCGUGUUUUAGAAACUUAUGCCGGUGCGCGCCUUUUUCCGUGUGCGUUCGCCGCCGAUUCAUUCUGAGAAUUCUCUUUUCUGGUGAAAAGCAGAACAUUCUGUCCUUAAACAAGAUCAAGUAGACGAGACGAGUGUAUCGUGUCUAUAUGCACAACUUAGUGUAGCUCUACCAGCUCUAGGUCGUAGU